UGCUGCUGAACUGUCUCACAGUUGUGAAUGUUCUUGCCCAUUUUGUGUGCCUUCAAUUGAAUGGCUUGCUCAGUCAUUUCAGAGGGCAGUUGAGAAUCAACCACAUGACCACAUCUGCCAUCAUAUGUAGGCCAGACCAAUGAAAUAAUUGAAACUUAGUCAGUUUUCCCAGAAGCUCCAUUAGGAUUCUGGUCAAUGACUCAUGGCUGUGCAUUAAUCUGAGCUAAAUCUCAGUGGAAUCACAGAAGAAAUCUUCACAUUUUCUUUUGGGUCUUGUUUUAUCACCCAAUCAUCGAAGAUGCUACUAAACAUGAGAACUUUCCUGUUGUAUUUGUUCUGUUUGUCCAAGUGGAGCUCAACAAUGGAGAUUCCAGAAGAGGUUCAGCAACCUCCAACGAUAACCAACCAGUCGCCGAAGAGGCAUGUUGUGUAUCCGACGGAUGAUUUUAUUAUCAAGUGUGAAGCCAGAGGAAAUCCAGCACCAAAUUUUACCUGGACUAAGGAUGGCAAAGAAUAUGAUCCAUCCCAAGAUCCUAGAGUGACCACAAUCGCAAACUCAGGAACUUUCAUUAUCAAAAACAGCAAUGGAAAUUUGAAGACUUUUCAGGGAAAAUACCGUUGUUUUGCCGGCAAUGAUCUGGGAGUAGCAAUAUCUGAAGAAAUUGUUUUUAUUACUGCAGCUAUCCCGAGAUUUCCAAAAGAAAGUAUAAAACAUUUUGAAGUUGAGGAGGGCGACGCUGUCGUAUUACCCUGCAAUCCUCCCAGUGGGCCACCUCCAUUAAAUAUUUAUUGGAUGACCAGCAAGAUACAGCGUAUACAACAGAACAGAAGAGCUUCCCAGGGGCUUAAUGGAGAUCUUUACUUUUCAAAUGUCCAGUCAUCUGAUAGCCGGGAAGACUACCUUUGUUUCGCACAUUUUUCGAGAACAAGAACAAUUGCGCAGAAAGAGCCCAUCAGCUUGAUUGUUACGCCAUUUGUACUGACCAAUCAAACAGAGUCAUCUGUCAGUUACAAUAAUUUGGCUGCUGCAAAUUCAAUAAAAGAUCGACCGCCAAGAUUUCUAACACCUUCCGGCAGCAACUCAAAGAUUACUGCCUUGCGAGGUGAAACUCUUCAGCUGGAAUGUAUUGCUGAAGGCUUCCCCACACCCCAAAUCACCUGGACUAAGAUUGAUGGCGACAUGCCAAAACAAAAAGCAACUGAAGAGAACUUCAACAAGACUUUGAAAAUAAUUAAUGUCACAGAACUUGAUGAUGGAAAAUAUGAAUGCAAAGCCGAAAAUGCAUUUGGAGUCGUCAAACAUGCCUUCUCUGUUACAGUAGAAGCUGCCCCUUACUGGAUCAAAAAACCCAGAAGUAAAGUAUAUUUUUCUGAGGAAAAUGCUGAAUUAGAGUGUGAAGUAGGUGGUCAGCCGCGACCUGAGGUUCAAUGGAAAGUGAAUGGGAAACCUUUGAACGAGACAAAGCCUGUCAUUAAUCGCAAGAUUUCUCAAGGUGUUAUCACACUCACGAAUCUGCAGCUGAAUGACAGUACAGUCUAUCAGUGUGAUGCUUCUAACAAGCAUGGAUCUAUUCUUGCCAAUGCAGUUGUCAAUGUUCUGAAUCUUGCGCCGAUGAUGCUGACCCCUGAUGAUCAGAAGUAUAUUGCAGUUGAAGGAAAAUCCACUCAGCUACACUGUAAAGUAUUCGGAUCUCCUUCACCCACAGUGUUUUGGCUAAAGGAAGACAUGGAAACUGCACUUGAGGGUGAGAAUUAUGUUCUGCAUGAAAAUGGUACUUUGGAAAUAAAAGAUGUCCAAAAUGAAGACGGAGGAUUUUAUACCUGUUGGGCAACUAAUGUAUUAGGCAACGACACCACGACCUGUAUGUUAGAAGUCAGGGCUGCUACACAAAUAGUGCUUCCACCUAUGGAUUUGAUGAUACCGAAGUCUGCAGUGGCACAGUUCAAAUGUCUUGCUGAGUAUGACCCUGCUUUCGAAAGUGACUUUGAGUUAUCGUGGAAACAGGAUGGAUAUGAAAUUUACAGUGACCAAACCGAGAAUGACAGAAUAGUAAUGGAUGGCAGUAUCCUUCAAAUUAAUGACGUAAAUGAAGACGAUGAAGGGACAUACACUUGUGUGGCAAGAACCUCCCUGGACAUGGCUACAGCAGAAGCACAACUUGUUGUCCUUGAUGUUCCAGAGCCACCAGAAGAUUUGAAAUUAACUGACCUGCAAAACAUGAAUAUUCGAUUAGACUGGAAGCCGGGAGAUAGCCACAAUAGCCCCAUAACUGCAUUUAUUGUGGAGGAGACCACAUUUGAACUGAAAAGAUGGUAUGAAAAGACGAGAGUUGACGGAAAUACAACAUCAGUUACGUUGCAGCUCUCCCCCUAUGUGACUUAUCAGUUUCGAAUAUCAGCUCUGAACGAAGUUGGCAAAAGUCAUCCCAGUGAGCCUUCAGAAAAGCACAUAACAGCAUCAGCAGCUCCAGAGAAGAAUCCAAAAAAUGUAAAAGGAGAAGGAACAAACAUCGACAAUAUGAAAAUUUCAUGGGAGCCACUGAAACCCAUUGACUGGAAUGGACCUGGACUCAGAUACAAAAUUAGCUGGAGACAGCAAGGAGCUAACACAACCUGGAAUGAGGAAGUGGUCAAGAAGCAUCACUAUUUUGUAACAAAUACUUCAACAUUUGUACCUUACGACAUCAAGGUGCAAGCAAUAAAUGAUAUUGGACCAGGCCCUAAUCCAAAAAUAGUUACAGGAUAUUCAGGAGAGGAUAUUCCUGAAGCGGCACCUUUGAACGUUGCUGUUGAGAUCAUGAACAGUACUUUAAUUAAAGUCACAUGGUCGGAAGUACCAAAAGACAAAAUUCGUGGCCACCUGGAAGGUUAUAAGAUUGUCUACUGGAAAAUUAAAAGUUUGUUGGAGAGGAGAAAACGAUAUGUUGAAAAACACAUCCUUACUUUCAAUGGACAACGGAGCCAUGGAAUGGUUCCAGGUUUGGAACCCUACAGUGAAUAUGGUCUGAUCGUGAUGGUCUUUAAUAGGAAAGGUGAUGGACCACCAAGUGGACCCAUUCAUUUCAAGACUCCAGAAGGAGUCCCUGAGCAGCCUGCCUUUCUGCAAAUUGCAAACUUUGCGAAAAACUCUGUGACUCUGAUGUGGGGACCUCCAGCAAAACCUAACGGCAUUCUUACUGGUUAUUUGCUUAAGUACCAGUUGAUUAAUGACACAGAAGAAAUUGGUUCUUUGAAUACCAUUAAUAUUACGGAUCCUAUUACAACCAAGAUCGUAGUCUCUGACCUUGACACCAGCAGCAAGUAUAAGUUCUACCUGAGUGCUUACACAAGGAGUGGACUUGGGAAACUUAUUACAGAAGAAGGAACAACAGUUAUGGAAGGAGGUAAAGGUAAAUGGAAGAUUUCAGACGCAGUAAAUAUUUCACAAAAUUUCCACAUCUUAGAAGGGCUAGAACCUGGAACUGAAUAUACAAUCCGUCUUAUGGCUAAGAACUGGUUUGAUAACUCUAGCAUUUUUGAAGAUGUUAUAGAAACAAGGGGAAAAGCUUAUGCAGGAAUUCACGGAGGAAUAUCUACACAAGGAUGGUUUAUUGGCCUGAUGUGUGCUGUUGCUCUCCUUACCUUGAUUUUACUGAUUGCUUGUUUCAUAAAGAGAAACAAAGGAGGAAAAUAUUCUGUCAAAGAUAAAGAAGAUGCUCGGGCAGAUCCUGAGGCCCAACCAAUGAAAGAAGAAACAUUUGGAGAAUAUGGUGAUAAUGAAGACAAACCAUUGAAAGAAAGCCAACAAUCACUGAAUGAGGUAGUGAAGCCAACGGGAAGUGAUGACAGUUUGGCAGUGUAUGAAGAUGGUGGACCAGAAGUGCAGUUCAAUGAAGAUGGCUCAUUCAUUGGACAAUACAGAGGAAGUAAGGAGAAUGAUGCAGCAGAUGAAAAUGGAAGUUCUAUAGCCACCUCUCCAAUGAAAGCAUGAAAAACAUGUUCGUAAACCUUUCUUAGUGAAUUUGUUGUACAACUGAAUAUUUGUUACACGUUAAUUCAGAUUGCCAACAAGCUAAAAGAAAAUAAGUUAAUCAGGCCAUAAAGGAUGCUUAUCUAAUAUUUGAUAAAGACUAAGAUGCAUGGGAGUUUUGGUUGCAGUCCACCUGUCAGUCUAAGGGAUAUGUUGUGCAAAAUCCAUGUAAAAUACAAGUGUCUGUAGGUUUGUAACAGAAAUGGCUUCUAGUUGCUGAUAAAGUAAUCGCUUAUAACCUUUUAAAUCCUUGCUGCUGUUAUUAGCAAAUUUGAGUCCCUUUGUUACAGUUUGUUUCGGUGUCUUGUGAUCCUACAUGUUUAGAAGUUAAGAACUUGCAGAACUGAAAUUGAUAUCGCACAUGAACUUAAGGAGACCAACACCUGAUGCACUGAUGCCUCUUAAUGCAAUGACUAUGGCAGCUGAAGGGACCAAGAACAUUAUUCCUCUUUUUAUUUUAGUCAAUAGAAGAGUUCACAAAAUACUAUGAUCACAAUUUGCAAAUUAAAUUUUGUGGCUACAGGAAAAAAAGUAAGAAAUCAAUUAUUUAUAUGCAGAAUUCUAUCCAGCAAAAAGAUCCAAAAUCAUCCUCUGAGUUUACAGUGAUAACUUCCAGUGAGAUUUGGAAUUGAAUAUUUUUAAAGAAUGGCAUGCAGAGGAUGAUGGAAAUUCAUGUUUAAAAUUGAUGCAUACUUGCAACAAUGGAACAAUUGAUUUGUCAGAAUCAUAAAUCAUUUUGUAAACUGUACCAUUGUUAAAGAUGCAUAUGACUGUACAAUCCUUGUGUCUUAUUUUUCUUCGAUUAUGCUCUUUAUCCAAAGUUCUGCAUUUAAUGAUUGUAUUCAGUCACCUGUUUUAGUUAUUCUCAUGGCAAAACAGUGCAAUGUACAUUUUAUAGUUAGGAAUAUAUUUAGAAUUUGGUGGAGAACUGCUGAAAAUUAAUUUUCAGCAAAACAGCAAUGUUUUUAAAGCAAUUCCUGCUAUGAGUUCUGGCUAAACACUUAAAAUGUUACUUUUGUUGAUUCACAGCCUAGGUGUCAUUAAUAAAUAUCUAAGUGUCUGAUUUAAAUUGUGUGUACAAUAGGUAAAACGUGGCUUCAUAAUAUUGAACUAAAUAAAGCACGUCUCCGCCUCCGAAAAUUUGUAUACUUCAAAGAAUUUUACGUUCAUUUAUUAUUAGUGAACAAUCGUGAAGUUAUUGUGUUUGUGUUAAUGUUUUUAUUCAUCGAGUUUCAGAGGUCUAAUUUUUGUUCUUGUCUAACAGUGCGUGGUUUUUUUUAUUUUUUUAAAUAUUUCAGAUUGCAACAUUUUGUAAAAUGUACAAAUAAUAUUUAUAUUAACAAAUUAGAGAGUAUUUGCCAUCUUCUACAACUGUUGUACAAAACUUUACAGUACUUACAAUGGCAAAAAAGCCAACUAAAUAUGAAUAUUUCAAAUAUUUUCAAACGCUUUGCAGAGGUCUGGUUUGGAAGGAACAAUUGGCAUUGUAUCUUUUCGUAGUUAAAGAAGACCUAAAGGAAUUGUAAAUUUUCAUGAGCCUUAUUAAGCAUGCAUGUCAUUAGCAUGCAAAUUUUCAUUUUUUUAAGUGUGGCAACAAGUUCAAGCUUUGGUUUAUAUAUGGCUGUGCAUCAUUACAUAUUAACUCCUUUUAUCAAGGUGAAUUGAGUUAUUUGUGUAGCUACCUUAUUUACAGGAAAUGAAUCAUUUGUAAAUGACAGACUUAAUCAUGCCAGAUUUUUAGGAAACCGUUUUCUAAUGAUGAUCCGAUUCAAUAAAAUUACUGUCAAUGCAAGGGUGUUUCUAUAUUUUCUGUCGUAAGGGAAUAGGCUUUUUGUUAGGCAUGCUUUUUUUUUCAAACAAGUGUUGAUGAACCAAAGUAUAAUUUCAAAGCCUUAUGUUUGUAUGGUAUGUUUCAUUUUAUUAUAUGUUUGGACUGAAAUUCUGCACAAUUGGUGGAAUGGGCAUCACACGCAAAAACAAAUGCUAUACCAACCAAUGCCCUGAAGCACAAAACGUGAGAACAGAUACUUGCUUUUAAAAUAAACUUGAGUCCAAGGGUAUAAUAAACCAAAUACUGACUGCAGUUUUCAGGCUAUUUGUAAACUAUUGCUCCUCAAGUUACAGAGGUAAUCUGUUCAGUAUGCAUGGUGUACAUUGCCCUUUUUUGACAGUCUCGAUCACUGUAGCUGCUGGUUCAAUUGGUUACCAAUAUAGUCUUCAAUCGCAAUCAGUAACUGUGUAUCAUUAUAUGUCUUCUCAAAAGAAACUUUGAAAACUUGUAUCAAGUUUAACAAACCAACUUUCAUAAUUUUUAUGCUCACUCAGAUAUUGUAAAAUCCCCUAAGAGUAAUUGUUAACUUAUUUAACUUGUAGUGACGUGAUGUUAUUAAACAAUCUGUAUGGCUAUAGUACUUGCAGUCACUGUAUUAGGUAGGAAGCUAUGACAAACGUACUUUAUAGUAUAUGCCCAUUAAAAAAGUUCAGAUACCCCUUCAAGUGAUACAAUGAUGUGUUUUGACUUAAAUAAAAGUCAUGUAAGGUUUGCAAAUUCAUUUUUUCUACCUGUACAACAUUCUUGUGUUAUAAAAGAUCAUCAUGGAAUGUUUCCGCUACUAAUAUGUGUUGUGUAAAUGAUCAUGUGAUCUUUCCAAACAUGGAUGCUUGUCUUAUUAAAC